AUGGAGUGGAUGCGCUGUCCGGCAGCUUUCGAGGCGAUGAGCAUCUACGUGGUCUUCCAAUUUAAACAGGACUUGAAGCUUUUCAGGGAAGCGCUCGACUGCGUUGCCCCUGGCACUCCGGAACUCUGGGUGCCCAUCAUUGCCUCAGAGCCGAAGAAGGGUUGGAUGAAGGCCGUGGGCCUCGGAAACCAGUUCAUCGCGGCCUUCAAGAAGUAUUGGGACAGGUCGGGGCCGGGACUCUUCAUGUUCUUCAGCCGAAGCGCAUCUCGUUGUCUAGCCGGGCGCAUAACGGCAAAUCAGUUCAGAGAUGGGAAAGUCAGAACCUUCGAACGUCUUGGAGCCAUGGACGGUGCGCCAGUGCCUCUGGAUGGAAGUGAGGCAUUCGUGACCUACGGCCGUGGUCUCCUGAAGGUGUUCAACGCCGCAAAGAACUUCGGCUUCAUCUCCCCAGUCUUCAAAGGUGCCGCGGAUGUCGAAGGCCCGCCUCUUCCGCGAUCGGUAGACGAGGGCAUCUGGUUCUUUGGAAAUCAUUCUCUCCCCUACCGUGCCAUCCCGGGUGUUGAGCUGACUUUCGAGAUUUGGGAGAAUGCCUCUGGAAAAGCACAAGCCAGGAGCGUCUCCAUCGCCGCGGAGCCGAGUGCCGUCGUGCCGGUGGAGCAGAAGCAGGAGAUCCAGCAUCAUCCGAUGCCCGAGAAGGGCGGCCAUUGGGAUAAAGGCCAUUGGGAUAAAGGUGGCGGCAAAGGGAAGGGAUCUCAGCUACAUCCGAACGAGCCGCGAGUGAUCUACCCUUCUGUCUAUGUCUCCGACGUCCCAGUGGAGUGGAACGAGGCGGCCAUCCGAAAGCUCCAUCGUCAGCUGGGCUUAAACCCUGAUACCAUCAUGGGCCUGAAGUUCUUGCCCUUCACGGAGGUGUCCCUGGGCUUGUCUGGCAGCAAGGGCGAGAAGCAAGCCACGCCGGUCACCGGAUCGGUCAUCCUGCGAUACCUGAACGAGGAAGCGGCCAACGCGGCAGUCGAGCGAUUGAAAGGCCAUCCCAUUCAGACGUCCUCGGGUGUGACAAAGCACUUGGGUGCUAAGCACGCCACCCCACCGAAGUGGGUCGUCCAGAGGAAACAGCAGGAGGACGAGCAAAAGAAGAUCACAGGCGGUACUACAGAUAGCAGCAAAGGCAAGAAGUUGAAGACGGAGGAGGGUCAAAGCCAGAAGGUUUCGGGCUCCGUGCAUCGCGUCUCGAUGGCGGGCUACGGUGUCAUCAAAUCGCCCGAGUGGGGUGAAGUUCUCUGGCGUCAGUAUGAGCUGCCCACAAACCUUCGCUGCCUGCAAUUCACUGACCGCGCAAAGUUUGUCUCGCAAGUGGAGCACCGGGAAGACUACCGCAGGCUGAAGGAGAUGGUGGGGAAGCAGGUAGAGGCCGAACUCUACAAGCUGCCGGAUGGCCAAGUCCGGGCGUCGCACGUCCGAGCAGUUGCGCAGCACGCGCUGCCGGAAGCAAAGCCAGGGGACGAUGAUCCAAUUCCAAUGGCCGAGAGGCCAGGUAACGAGGAGGAUGGUCCACCCAGCUUUCCCCCGAUGCCUGGUAUGCCCUUCCCUGGCGGCCCGCCGCCACCGGGCUUCCCACCGGGGGCUCCUCCUUUCAUGGAUCCGGCUUUUGCCCACAUGAUGGGUAUGCCGCCGGGAAUGCCACCACCGUGGGCAAUGGGGCGGGACAAGAAGAAGAAGGAGAAAAAGGAUAAGAAGGACAAGAAGGAGAAGAAAGAGAAGAAGAAGGCGAAAGCAGCUUCCGGCUCUGAGCCACGACCGAAGAAGCGAAAGAUCGACGACGACGACUUCUGA